AUGGCUGCUAUUAGCUUUUUCUCUUUAAGACGCCUACAAAGUUCAAUCAAUCUUUCCUUGAACAUGGAAUUAGCUAACUACAGUGUGGCUAUGAACCUUACAAGAAUUUCUCAGAAUCGGUUUAGUAAUUUGGCUUCUAAUGCCUCAUUGUAUCCUAGAUUCUCUAGCUUUUGCUUCCGGAGUACUCUUCCUUUUGCCUCCAACGUGUUGAAUAGCCGAACGUAUUCAUCAUCUGUGGGUGUCAAAGGAAGUGGUACAGAAGUUGUUCCUGGUUCUGGUUCAGGUGAUUCUGUUGUUACGGGUGAUUGGGCUGAGAAGAUAGAAGAUAUUUGGAAGAGUGAGGUAGAGACAACAUAUGCUCAGCCGUUUGAUUCACAUCUAUAUCUUAACAAUGUGGUUAUUCCAGUUGGUGGCACUUUAAUUGCUACUAUGAUAGCUUGGUUCUUGCUGCCUAGGGUUUUGAGGAAAUUUCACAAAUAUGCAAUGCAAGGUCCUGUUUCUCCAUUUCCAGGAGGCAUGUCUGUGGAGACAGUUCCUUAUGAGAAAAGCUUUUGGGGGUCUAUGGAAGACCCAGUUCGAUAUUUAGUUACCUUCAUGGCAUUCUCGCAAAUUGGUGUAAUGGUAGCUCCAACAACUUUAGCUGCACAGUAUCUUCUGCCAGCUUGGAGGGGUGAAGGGAUACUUUCAUUUUUAUGGUUUUUGCAUAGAUGGAAAGCAAAUGUUUUUGAACGGACAAUUCAAAGUUUACCAGGGCUUAGGGAGAAAUUGCUGCCUUUACACAAAAUCUCAUCUAUUGGCUUAUUUGUGAUUGGUAUAAUGGCUUUGCCCGAGCCUUCUGCUGUGGCUGUGCAUUCUAUUGUAGCUGUUGGUCGUGUGGGAGGUGUCACUACUGCUUUCGUUGCUACAGACAUUUUUCGCGAUGUGUUCGGUGGUUUAUAUUUGCAGUUUUCAAAGCCCUUUUCAACUGGAGAUAUAAUACAAGCUGGCUCGAUAGAGGGUCAAGUGGUGGAGAUGGGUCUUACUACCACGUCAUUGCGGACUUCUGAGAAGUUUCCAGUCAUUGUGCCAAACUCUUUUUUUACUAGCCAGCCUAUAGUGAACGAGUCCCGUGCCGAAUGUCGAGCCAUUAUUACUAUAAUUCCUAUGCAAACUGUGGAUUUAAGUAAGAUUCCCCAGAUAUCAGAUGAUGUAGAAAGCAUGCUAAGAUCAAAUGCAAAAGUUUUCUUAGGAAAAGACGUUCCUUCCUGUUGCUUGUCGUGUAAAGGAUUGACUCUUAGAUAUAACCUCAAACGCAUGUGCAAAGAUGAGUUGUACUCUGCAGGACAAGAAAUUCUCCUGCAGGCAGUUCACAUCAUUAAGAAUAAUGGCUGUGAGCCACUCAAGCACAUGGCAAGACACCUCUACCAAGUGACAUGAUAAGCUUUAGUUUUUACUAGUACAAGGUCUUCAGGUAUAUUGAUUUAUCAUAGUUCUCAACCGAAGCAGUUUUGUAAGUAAUACUAGUUGGUUGGGUCGUUUGGCUUAGAUUUUAAUUUUUAAUUACCAACAAUAUAAAAAGUUUUACAUUGAGUGAAUUAU